GUGUUGCAUUGUGUUUGCGGCGGAGGGAGGGCUGUCCGUGUCAGUGAUCAAUGUCAUGACUUCCUCCUCGGGCUGGAGCAGUAGCAGAGCACAGCUGAAGGAAGCUGAUUACUGCUGGUUUCAAAUUGGCUGGGAACAAUACACACACACACACACACACACACGCACACACACACGCACACGCACAGGCAGCCCGCACCCUGGCUCCCGCGUCCCCGCUCCGCGCCGGGGGGGAAGAUGAGCUCAGGGGACGUUGUUUGCACUGGAUGGCUCAUUAAAUCACCCCCCGAGAAGAAACUCAAGAGAUACGCAUGGCGGAAGCGCUGGUUCGUGCUGCGCAGAGGCCGCAUGAGCGGGAACCCCGACGUGUUGGAAUACUACAGGAACAACCACUCCAAAAAGCCCAUUCGGAUCAUCGACCUCAACGAGUGUGAAGUGCUGAAGCACUCAGGACCCAACUUCAUCAAGAAGGAAUUUCAGAACAACUUCGUCUUCAUUGUGAGAACCACCUACCGCACCUUCUACCUGGUAGCCAAAACGGAGGAGGAGAUGCAGAUCUGGGUGCACAACAUCAGCCAGAUCUGUAACUUUGGACAUCUAGAAGAUGGCACAGGUUCAGUGGAGAGCCUUUCUCACACCACCUCAUCCCCACAGCCAUCUCCAGCUGCUUCCACCCACACCUCCCACAUCGCUGACCCCUCCUUCUCCGUCGACCCCGCUGCUGCUGACCCCUCUGCUGCAGAGGAGACCCCCAGUGAGUCGGAGUCUGUCUUCCUCCCCGACUACCUCUUCCUCUCCAACUGUGAGUCGGGCAAACUCAGCCACAACAGGUGUGACAGCUGGUCGAAUUCAGACAGAUCUCUGGAGCAGACUUCUUCGGACGAUGUUUUUGUCGACUCCUUGCAGUCCCAGCCCUCCUUGUACCUUGUACAGCCAUCCAGCACUGGCACUGUGCACCAGGAUGGGGCCCCAUUGGCAAACCCUGGCACUGUGUCCAGGAGCAUAGACGUUAGUGGGCCACCCAGUGACGUUUCCUCCUCCUCCCCACUGCUGGGGACGCCACUGACACCAACCUUUCAGAUUGACAAGAGCCAAAAUCCGCUGCCCUACGGUGUGUCCCAGAUGGAUGUCCUGUCCAACACACCCCCUCCACGCCCACCCAAGCCAACCCACUUCUCAGACAGGAGAGGGGAUGAGAUGGGCAGUGGGGCCCUCCAGAACGGGCAUGCAGGGAUCUGCCGGGCUCAGGUGGCUCUGGUGCCCAGGAGAAUCUCCUUGUCCAGCUUGGACAACGUGAGGAACUGGAAAGCAGACAUGGAAGGCAGUUCCUUAAGAAGUCGGGAUAAAAGGCUUAGCUUGAAUUUGCCCUGCCGAUUCUCCCCACUCUACUCGACUGCUCCGGACAGCGUGGAGGACAGCUAUGUGCCCAUGCACCCCAGCACCUCUCCCUCUGUGCCUGGCUCUGACUGCUCACCUGAUGGCUACAUCCCCAUGAGCCCAGGCUCAGCCACCUUUAAUUUCCCUGUUGUCAGCACUGAAAAACUCACCAGCCCCUUACUGGAGCUUCCCUCAGACCUGGAGCCCCCACCAGUGAACCGAGACCUCAAGCCUCGAAGGAAAUCUCGGCCACCUCCUCUGGACUUGAGGAACCUCUCCACAAUCCGGGAGCACGCUGCUGUGACCAGGAUGUGGACUGUGCCUUACAAUCGAAUGAGCUUUAUCUCACCAGAAAGAGACGGUAUUAAUUCAGCAAGAAUAUUUGCCAAUUCAGUUUCCGGAGAAGAGGAAGAAAGUUACAUUCAUAUGGAACACAGACAGGCAACAUCUCCAUACAGUGGUGCUUUUCCAUGGACAAGGAAAUCUAACCUUGAUUACUUAGCAUUGGAUUUUAAUUCUGCUUCCCCAUCCCCUGUGCAGAAGAAACCUUUUCUCUCUGAGGAGCAGAGAGUGGACUAUGUCCAGGUAGAUGAACAGAAGACUCAAGCUUUACAGAACACUAAGCAGGAAUGGACAGAUGAGAGGCAAUCAAAAGUCUAAAGGAAGAAGACUUGGAAUCUGGAGGAUUUACUUUUUUUGCACUGGAACCACAAUGUUAAUGAAGCAGCUAUCACAGUAGAGUUCAAAGGCAAGAGAGAGUUGUAAGAUGCUUACAGCUUGUAGAGAAGUGGCAUUUUAAAUGGAAACCUUUGAUUUCAGCUGGAAAUAGUAUGUUGAAUGAGUGAGUGGUUCACGGAUGAUUGAAGUAAUGCAAACCCCUUUUAACUCCCCUACCAGGAAGCUACAUGGUACCAUUUGCUGGCAUGAUUCUGCAACAAGUCAUACACUUCAUGUUAACAAAUCCACUACAUGUUGCAUUAAUCUAGUUAGUCCUGCCUUUUCUCUAUUGCAUAAUUCCUAGUUGCUGAAGCUAUUUGUUUUUUGAUACUUUACCAAUACUGCAGGUGCUCCGAGUGCUGCUGGGGCAGCGGGCACCUGACAGGUGUUGGUGACUAAUCAACUAAGGGCUAAAAUACUGAAACAAUAAAAAGAACUUUUUGAAUAUAUAGUGCUUAAGCAAAGAGAAUUUUGGAAAAUAUUUUCCCCUUGGGUUUAAAAGGUCUGACUCUGAGCUGAUGCUGUCAGAAACUCAAAACAGGACUGUGUGCACCGGUGGGACUGGAAAGUGUGGUCUUUGACCCUCUGGAUGACAGUCAUAUUCAGCUUCUUCUCUCCACUGUGGCUCAUGCUUACUGCCUUUCUGUCUGCUUCCUACUGAUGUUUUCUUCCUUGUCUUGAGGAGCAUCUUCAGCACAGCACAGCUGCUCCUCUAGCAGGAGGCUGCAGGCACACAGCUCUUGGCUGGCCAGAAAAUAGAAAGGGAAGCUGUGAGCCUGUUUCUGCAAGUCUUGGGAGAACUGGCAAAGGAUCAAGAAUGCUUUCAUCUGAAGUGCAGAAGAAAUGCCAUUGGAAUUGCUGGUCACAGGCGUCAAACUGAUUGUUUCACUAGACCCACCCCCCAAAACAACAACAGCAAAAAAGAGAUUUAGGAAGUGCAGUGUGCUCCAAGAGAGGCCAAGGGGCCUGCCAAAAGAAAACAAUGCACUUAGACGGCAUGAGGACCUCUGGGGUCAGGAAGCUUAUCUACCUUGGGACUUGUUACAGGCACUAUCUCAGGAUGACAUAUGUGUAUAGUUUAGAACCUAUUUAACUUUAAAAGCUUGGCUGCAAUCUUUAUUUUAAGGUGGCACUAAGCCACUGGAAUCAUGGAAGCGGGCAGUACCACUGAGGGACCCACGCUGGAUCUGAUCUUGCAGCUCGGUCCCACUGGCCAGAAGAGGUCUGGUCCUGCCAGCCAGGACCCUUACAAAAGGUUUCCUCUUUGACACUGCCACAUAACUGGCCUCCCUUCACGUGCCUGUUGCUAACACGUUGUAUUACUGUAAUCUGACAGCCCAAAAAAUGCUCAUUUACCAAACAGAGGUUGUAGGAAUGUCAUUGCAGAAACUGCUGACGUUUCAAGGCUCCUCCCUCCUUGCUGUCCUCCAUCCACCCAUCCUGCUUCAGCCACUUGGGCACUCUGGGAGGCUGAGAGAUGUGGCUGAGUUGCACAUCCUGCUGGGAGAGGCAGUGUAGCUGCCAGAAACACCAUUUUCCUCCUACCUCAAGAGAGCUGAAGUGCUUGCAAAUCUUGCUGCUUCUUUAGAGCAAACACAAAGCUGGGGAUCUGUAGUGACCAGGCUGUCAGGAGCCUUCCUUGUGAGAACAGCAAGGUUCUCCAGCACCUUUAUUGACUCUGGGGUUAACUGGGCACCCAGGCCUAUGGGCAGAAAGUGUCCUGGACUAGAGCUGCUUGGAAAUUGGGGUUCAUACUGCAGAAAGUCAGCCUGCUGCUUCCUUCUACUCUGCCUCUCCCCCGCUGCCAACGCUCUAAAAUGGAAGUUAAUGUUCAUCAAAGUUCAGAAAAGAAUUCAGACUUUUCAGCAUAAAUCUUGUCUGGUGUGAAAUUUAGCUUGGUAAAACCCAGUUGUUUUCUCCUAAAACUGACUCAGGACAGCUCUGAGCAACCCUGCCUGCCCUGGGUGUGGUGCUGCUAGAGGGGAAGUGGGUUUGGGGCCAGGGGUGGAGAUCUGCACCAUGGGGGAGGAAGGGGGUAGGCAGGGGAGGGCCACCACCCAGAGACUUCUGCCUUUCUCCUCAGCAGAACUGCCUUCUUUCAAGGUGUACAACUAAUACACUGAGAUGGUUUGGGGUGUUCUGCAGUGCUGAAAAGAUUUAAAAGCCCAGCUAGGCCAUGCAUUACUGUAGGGGACAGAGAACAUCCCCAAAGGGCAGGUGAAAUUCUGCUGUGCCACUGCAGAUCCCACCCUGCAGAGCAGUGGCAGGGCAGCAUCCCAGGCAGGUUGCAGUAGCAGAGAAAGCAGCUCAUGUGUGACUGGGGUGUUUCUUCUAAUGCUGUCAGAAAAUCUUCUGGAAUGGAAAAAACACUUGAGUUAUCGGAGACAACUGACUCGCUUGUUAUUCUGGUUUCUUGUAAAAAUAUUUAAACUUCAACAAACCUGGCUAACAGAUCAUUCAGACGUUUAGAAAAGAAAGAGCUCUGAUGGUAUUUUUUUUCCCCUAAAAGGUCAUAAACAUGGGGACUGUCCUUAGAUUGGAAUGUCUCCCUUUCAACUUCCUCCUGUCCCCUGCUUGCCCCCACCACUGUUAUCUUGAUCAAAUGCUGCUCACUGGUUUCUGACUUUCACUUUUUUAACUAAAUGCUCAGUUUGGGAGUUUAUUCAGAUAUUUCACUUCAGCUCUGGUUUUGCCUGCUGCUCCAGGGUCUGUGCCACACAGCCUUGUGGAAGCACAACGCAUGAAACAGGAGCAAGUCAUGCCAAAAAAACCCCAAACCAAAACAAAACAAAAAAAACACACCCCAAAAAAAUUAAAAGCAGAGCAGUCCUUCUCCAAGGUUUUUAUUUCUUUUUUAGUCAAAUUCCACAAUUUGGAGGAGGAGGAGGAUGGUGGGAAGAUGGCAAAGGCCAAAUCUGCUGGGGCCACCCCAGCAUUAAGGAUUUAGGGGUGGUACAGGAAUGACACAGCAAUGGGCUGCCAGGCUGGGGACUGCAGCAGCCCAGGGCCAGAAGCCCAAGAGCCAACUUGGAGGGAUAGGGGGGAUGUUAUAGAGGAAGAAGGAGUCAUGAUUGAAGAAAGUUUGUUCUUAAAUACAGAUCCCUUGCACAAAGAGGAAAGAAAAGUUGUGAAAGCACCUGAAAACUGAGCCAGCUUUUGACAGUAUCAUGUCUGAAAAUGUCUGUCGUCCAGUGGCCUGGGUCAGCCACACACACUCCUGGCAGGGUCAGCUUGUUGCUGUGGAGCUGUUGUGUUGUUAUUUGUAUGUAUUUCUUUAAAAAGUAUCACAGGAACUGAUGCAGAGAGAACUCUCUGAGGGGAACCAGCAUUGCCCAGCUCAGGCCUUGCAGUGCCUUCUCCAGCACCUCUGGGGAUUGUCACUUAAAAAGGAGAGGAGCACUAAAUGAGCAGAAGAGUUCUUGCUUUUUUGGAAACGACACUCCUUGGAGCUCCCAGAUGAAGCUUGGUUACAGGGUGCUGUGGAGAUCACACAAGGCAAAUGGUUUUGGUGCUGUGGUUAUUGUGAGGGUGAUCAGCUGGGUUCCCCUGGCUGCUGGCAGGGCUGGGAGGUGAGCCAGGGUGAUCAGAGAUGAGAUGGAUCUUUCUUACUGAAAUUGUCUGAGGCCACUGAGCACAAAGCCAGGUGCACCCAACCCCUGCUUGAAAUAGAGCCUAAGGAAUCAGACAGAAAUCAGGGUGAUCCGAACUUCUUUCCUGGAGCAAGCACGAUUUCAGUACUCACUGGGACUUAAAAGCAUUCUCAUGGUCUUUACUCAGUUUGGGUUUAAUCUGGCCUUAUUCUGCAGUCUCCCAGUGAGCAUGCAUUUGAGCAACGCAUGGCAGGAUCCAAGACUCAUUUGCUUGUUGGACUAACCUGUAUUUUCCAUUUAUAAUUUCUUUAUUAAAGGACGCAGCAUUAAAUUCCUUCCUGGCAGGUAGGAACACUUGACCUGAGAAAAAUCAACAGCCAUUUAACUUGAGCCAGGUGUCUUCAGCCAGCUCACUUUUGCCUCUGGUAGCACCUGCUCUCUGUCACUAAUUACAUCACAGAUGUAGGUUUUGGAGUUGCAUUCACUGAAGUGAUUUCAGUGCUUUCAUAAUUCAAGGACCAUCAGAUGCUGUGAUGAGGAUGAAGCACAGGGCAAUGCCUUUCCUUUGUUCCCCUAUUCCACAAAACUUGCUCAGGUUUUUAAAAAACAAUCAAAAAAGCCACCAAAAUAGCAGACAUUUUUUGCCAUGUCAAAGCCAGAAUAUUUUUUUGUUUGAAUAAAAACAAACUUUUGUCUUGUGCAAAUGAAGCGUUAUACAUUUUUUGGUAUUUGUUAAUCUAUGGGGAAGCAUUAAACAGUCAUCUCUGUUAUGAAGGAGUAAGUCAUUGAUAGAGGGAAGGAGCUCACCUUCCUGAUGUUUGUUGUAUAUAUUUGCACAUUAAACUGUGUAUCUUUUUUCUAAUAAAUUAAUAUAAAA